AGCAUCCUUCCGUCAUGGCGUCUGUUUGGGCUAAAUCCGCUGUCAACCUGCAUAUCCUGGCUGUUUUCUUCGUCGUACUGACAUGUUUGCCGCCCGGGGGAGGACAAAAGAAGAAAGAGAACCUGCUGUCAGAGAAGGUUGACCAGAUGAUGGAGUGGUCCUCUCGGCGUUCGGUCGUCCGGAUGAACGGGGACAAGUUCCGUCGCUUCGUCAAGGCCCCACCCAGGAACUACUCUGUCAUCGUCAUGUUCACUGCCCUGCAGCCUCAAAGGCAGUGUUCUGUCUGCAGGCAGGCGAAUGAGGAGUACCAAGUCCUGGCAAACUCGUGGCGUUACUCAUCCGCAUUUUCCAACAAGCUCUUCUUCACUGUAGUGGACUAUGAUGAGGGAGCUGAUGUUUUCCAACAGCUGAACAUGAAUAGUGCACCAACUUUCAUGCAUUUCCCAGCGAAGGGAAAGCCAAAGAGAGCCGACACGUUUGACCUGCAAAGGAUUGGCUUCGCCUCAGAGCAGCUGGCCAAGUGGAUUGCAGACCGCACAGAUGUUCAGAUCCGUGUCUUCCGUCCUCCUAAUUAUUCAGGGACUAUUGCUUUGGCUCUGUUAGUGUCUCUGGUUGGAGGUCUGCUGUAUCUAAGGAGGAACAACUUGGAAUUCAUUUACAACAAGACUGGAUGGGCCAUGGCUGCACUGUGUGUGGUUUUUGCAAUGACAUCUGGUCAGAUGUGGAAUCACAUCAGAGGUCCUCCCUACGCCCACAAAAACCCGCAGAAUGGACAAGUGAGUUAUAUUCACGGCAGCAGCCAGGCGCAGUUUGUGGCGGAGUCUCACAUCAUCCUCCUUCUGAAUGCUGCAAUCACCAUGGGGAUGGUGCUGCUCAACGAAGCUGCCACCUCCAAGGGAGAUGUUGGCAAAAGAAGAAUCAUCUGCCUGGUUGGCCUCGGCCUGGUGGUGUUUUUCUUCAGCUUCCUGCUCUCCAUCUUCAGGUCAAAGUAUCACGGAUACCCCUACAGCUUCCUUAUUAAGUAAAAAAAAAAACGGCAGAAGAGGAGGUCAGAGGAUGUCGAGGAGGCGGUAGGUGAGGAGGAGUCGAGAACAUACUUGAAGAGGAGGCAGUGUAACUACUGAGGCUAAAGUGCAUGAUGGAGUUUCUUUUUGUGUGUGUUGUUGUUUCUUUUUUUUUAUUUUAUUAACUGCUAUCAUCGAAUCGUUGAGCUGAAAUACAAAUAAAUUGUACCUUCGCGCACUGGAAAAUAAAGGUGUUUGGCUUGUCUCUGUA